CACGGAACUGCAGUGACUGCAAGUUUACAUUUCAUAGAUCAUUGUGUCUUCUGCUGGUCUCUCACCGUUGUCUACAUCCCUACUGGCCUGUUCAUCAUGAUGCCGUCGAUAAAGCGACAAGCUUCUGACAGCUUCAGCCAACCGCAAGCAUUGGUAAAGAGACAGAAGUCUAGUUCAGAUCUGAACGACAACAAGGCCCUGACUGUUGGCGCAAAAGAUCAAAAUGGCACUCUCGUGCCCUCUGCCCUUCGCACCAGCGGGCUAGCCGCUCCCAUCAUGGAACUGACGGGCCACUCGGGGGAGGUUUUCGCAACAAGAUUUGAUCCCACUGGUCAACACAUCGCCUCUGGGUCCAUGGACCGGUCAAUAAUGCUUUGGAAUACAUAUGGACAUUGUGAAAAUUACGGAAUUAUGACUGGCCACAAGGGUGCCGUGUUAGAUCUGCAAUGGUCCCGCGAUUCAAGAACGAUUUACUCCGCUUCCGCCGACAUGACUAUUGCGAGCUGGGACCUCGAAACGGGUUUGAGGAUGCGCAAACACGUCGGUCACGAGGAGGUUAUAAACUGCCUGGACUUGAGUAGACGUGGUCAAGACCUCCUACUCAGUGGCAGCGAUGACGGCUGCAUCGGGAUUUGGGAUCCUCGCCAGAAAGCGGCAGUCGAUUACAUCGAAACCGAUUUCCCCAUUACAGCAGUGGCCAUGGCAGAGCAGGGCCAUGAGAUCUACUCGGGAGGUAUUGACAACGAUAUCAAGGUCUGGGAUGCUCGCAAAAUGGAGGUCACCUACACCCUGAGUGGCCAUCAAGACACUAUCACCUCGUUGGAAGUAUCACCUGACUCGCAAACAUUACUAUCGAAUUCCCAUGACUCCACUGUGCGGACUUGGGAUAUUAGGCCAUUCGCCCCAGUCGAUCGGGCUGUACAGACAUAUGAUGGCGCUCCUUCAGGCUUUGAAAAGAACCUGAUACGGGCCAGCUGGAAUCCCCAAGGCGACAAGAUCUGCGCUGGGGCAGGCGAUCGGACGGUAGUGAUCUGGGACACUGCAUCCGCAAAAUUACUUUAUAAACUCCCCGGGCACAAAGGAACGGUCAACGACGUCCGUUUCUCGCCUACCGAAGAACCAAUCAUUGUUUCCGGCUCGACCGAUCGCAACCUCAUUCUCGGUGAGUUAGGAAGAUGAAGACUUGGCAGCAUCGUCGAACAGAGAUGCCUCCUAGCACCGUCUCAUCCGCAUAAGCAAUCGUCCUUCUGUUGUAGGUUUGGGGUUUCUCGAUUACAAUACCAAUUCUGAAACCCCUGCCAUAGCGCCAUGAACGCCAAAGAGCUAUACCUAACGUCCAAUCCCUCUCAAACUUGAGCAGUCACUGCCCACGUGCAUUUGUGACGUUUGGGAAAUGGACCCUAGCGAAAAGUGCAUACUAUCGUGGCAUCGCUGCUGGUACAGGUGUUCGCUUCCGCAUGGAGACGCCCAAGAAUCCUUUGUGUUCUUGUCGGCAACUUCAAAAUGCAAAUUGUCCCGAGAUUGCCAGGACACUAACCCAAGUCAUUCAUCCUUAUGUCCUGGUCUUUGCAAGGGACGACAAAUCGAGCUCGGCCACGAUAUCAGGAGCCCUUCGUCAAGGGGCCGGCGCCGCCUUUGAAAUAUUCUCAAAUAAUUACUUUCAUACAAUGGCGCCACGCGCGCGAUUCCAGCGCCUUCUGCUUAUAUUUGGAGAAGAAAAGAACAGAGCUCAUCUAAUAAAAAAAGGCUCAUGGUUGCGUAUAGAGCAAAGAUUACAAAACUCCGUUAAUUACACAUCUCACAGAACACAGAGAUCCUUUUCGGAAACUCCUUGGCGUCAACCUGACCUCCAUUACAGCUGUAGGUUGGCCAUGGCUUGAGCCGCUUCCUUCAACUCCACCUCGCUGGGAUAAUUUACGAUCAUGAGAUACAACACAUCCGACCUCAUCAAGCCUUUGAUCCCCCCUUGCGGAGCUCUCUUGGUCAGACCACUGGCAUCGUAGCGCGGCUCGCGGCCCCUCGAAACACGUCUUGCAUCUUUGAAGUUGCGUUUGCGUGCCCGUCUCUCAGCCUUCAUUCGAUCCGCUUCAGUCGUGUCGAUUUUCCCACCGCUCAGCAAGGCUAUCAAGCUGCCGCUGUUGGCGGGAUGGUUGGGAUCACUGAAGCGCGACGCAAAUUGUCUUUCCUGAUACACGUUCAGUUUGGAUCCCGGAUUCGCCUUCUCGAACUUGGCUUGGGCCCGGCGGUCGAAAUAGUCACCAAGUCUCUUGCCGCUGCGCUUGAAUGCAUUCUCUUUCUCGCUCUCCGGCAAAGCGUCCAGCUCUGGGAAGAUGAGAGGGGCGGACUCGGGUAUCUCGAUUUCUCUCGAAGAACCUGCCGCGUUAGCGAACCGACCUCCACGGCCCGAAUCCCGAGUUGCGAUCGAGGUUACCACAUUGGUAUUCAUGUUGACAUUCUGGACCAGAUCGUCGGACUCGGGUUUGUAUGCCAUAACCAAGGCAUAGAGGCCUCGGGGCUUGAAAAAGGUCUCGUUCAUGUUGUCAAGAUAUUUGUUAGACUGAUAUUUCACAUAUUGUCUACGUGACAGCUCCACGCUCGUGUGGACAACCAUGGCACCGACGUGGACAAAAAACAUGGGGCCAACUGCGAUGUCGCUAGCGAUGACUGCUCCGGCGCAAGCCAGGUUGAAAGCAUGAAAAAGUGGAUGCAGCUGAACGACCACGAAAGUCAGUAUACAUGGUCACAGCAUUAGUGCCGAGGAAAGGAGGCCAUACCUGAAUCGCUUUUCCAAAUCCAUCUAGGAAGUCGACAAACUCGUCCUGCUCGACCCCGCAAGUCUGAAGCAUAGGCGCAUAGGCGCGAACGAAGCCUCGUUCUUUGUUCUUCGGCCGACGCUGAGGCAGGAUAACAGGCAUAUCGAGUUUCCCGGCAACUGGCGAAUAUUCGGGGGGUGGGUGUAUCUUCAUGAAGGCGUCUAUCACUUGGUCGACGUUGCGAGCAUCGUCAAGUUGAAUGACCUCUUUGGAUUUCGGCGCAAUUGACUGCUGAACUUCGUCGAGUUCUUGUGCUGCUUCCUCGCCGUCGGACGACUCGACUGAUGAGGUGUCUGAAAGGUCGGCUUCUUCCUUGGCUGGGGAGGGGACUUGUAGAUGAGUCUGAGCCGUCGUGGUCUUUUUGGCGUCGUGAUCGGCCAUGGCCUCACGUGCAAGGCCAUAGGCGCCGGUCACGCCUUUCGCGAGAAGUUUGAUGGGGAACAUGUUGAGACUUCCUUCACAGACUUGCGAAAGUAUCUAGGUCGAGUUCCUGUGCGGAUUAGGUUGAAGGAUUGAUCGCUUCGCAAUUGAUGGGAGAGUUCUGAAUGAUAUGCGAGGACUUGAGGACCGCAUGCUGCUCAUCAUUAUAUACCCUUUCGAAUAGUGGAGAGAGGAGACUGCUGGAUGUUGUCUAUCAGGAGAACUGCACGAGGAGCACCUGAAGUUGAAAUGUGAGGCAGUGUCUCUCUCGAGGAAUACUCCAAUCUAGGCCCUAUACAGCGACCCUCACCUCGUGAGAUCGCGGAGAUUUCCU